AUGAGAGGAAGAACAGAGCGUAGACCAUUAGGCGCUAAAGAUGCCAACACGCAUGGAGUUUCGAGGUCGACGUCGCCGUACAAGGACUCCAGUUCCAAGUCGAGAUCUGGAUCGUUUUCGCCGGUCCGGAUAGAGCGGCCAAAGUCCACCAAGCUCGACAGUAACGAGUCCUUGGGAAUGGGGCUGGGCAAGCUUUCUCCGUCCAAGAGAUCUUCUUUGGGCACUGUUUCCCCCACCAAGAAGUUAAAGCCCUCCAAGGGGUUCCAAAUCUACGAAGAUCGCACAAACUACAGAGACACUUUGGAGGGCCUUGAGGCUAUGGCAGUGACCAACAUACAAAACAAGGAGAACGAGCCGUUUGUUUCUUCUAGUCCAGGCAAGGAGAACCUCAGUCCUGCACGACGGUCUGCAAAGCGCGCGGCCCUUUCUGAUUUGAGGAUAGACGAAUAUCCUGGAUACAUUCAGGUAGCCGAGCCGAGAACGAACGGGGUUUUGGCCCCAAAACACCAGCUAAAGCAGAGUUUUAUGUUCAGACCGUCUAGCUCUACCAAAAGAGCGGCAAUCCCGUCGUUCAUCACGCCCCCAAAGAAGAACCGCAUACAAUACAAGUACAUCGGGUCUCUGAAUAGCCAACAGCCCGACCCUGAAGUUAGAUCGCGCACAGAUUUGGACACGGGAGUUGUGCGCAAGCUGACAUUCGACAUUCAAAGUGAUUCCAUAGCGAGCUACGAAACCCGCAAAAAAUAA